UCGUGCUAGAUUGUCACUUGGUAACCAGCCGAAGGUUACGAGUUAAAGAACUGGAUUACGCGAUCAUCUGACCAUUGGAGGGGAGUGAGUCGUAAUGGCAAAGAAGCGGCGACUUGAAAUAAUUUUUAUUACCAUCUCGAUUCUGCCACUUUCAUGAAUAGGGUCGGCAUCAGCAUUUAGUACCGGGGGCUAAAUGAAAAGGAGAAGUUUAAAACAGCUGAGGAAUAAAGCGCACGGCUAAGUGCAUAUCAAUGCGCUGGUCCCGCGACUAGCGUGCCGCUCCCGGCUGAUCAGAUCAUCUCUUGAGUGCUGGAAGUCCUGUAGUUUUGCUCCAUCUUCAUAGGCGCAGUUUAUUUCUUGUGUGUGGACUGCGAUGAGGCGCCGGCGUCGCUUUGGAUGGAGUUAAAAACUUAACGAGUUCGCGCUCAUUUUUUUUUUCUUCUGUGCAAAUGUAAGAUGACACUUUUUAAUUUUAAUUGAGUGCGCAGGCUUCCUUGGAAAGGCUAGCGUUUAUGAAGCAACAAAACGCAAGUCUCAGAAACGGUGGUAUAUGUUUGCGCUUCGAUUGUCCAAAACAAGCUGCUAAAAAUAACACAAAUAGAAAACUGAAUCUUCACGUGUGAUAUGGGCGUCGAUUCAAGUAUUUAUUUACAGGGAGAGGAAUGUUUGUAAUGCUAGCUGCAAAGGGAUGGCCUUUUAAAUUGUAAUUGCAUAAAUAAUUGACGGGAACUCCCCCCCCCCCCCCUCCCCUUACCUAUGCUUCGGAGGGCAGGUUUUAAGCUUUUUUCUCUGGUAUUUUUGCUUGCGCCUUGAUGACAGCAAGCCGACAGCUGAAGAGAGAAAAUAGAAGUUAAAUUUGGUAUACGGAUCACUUUAAAAUAAAAAUAAAUCAAUGUAUUUUUCUAUAAAACAGAGAAGCAGAGGUAAUUUUUGUGGUCACUGCCGAAAGUGACGAAAUCAUUGUUUAAGAUAUAUUUCUUAUCAGAAAGACCGGGAUAUAGCAAAAGGAUACUUUUGGAAAUUCUAAGGUGGGGGCUGAAAGGAGCAGCGGCGAGAUACAGUAAACAAGGAAGCCGGUGAAAAUGGCCGGCGACGGCGUCUACAACAAACAGUAUGCGAACGAUGAGACUUUUGGAAGCACGAAUUUGCUGGACAGACGGCAAGAAAGCGGUGAAGCCGCUGUUAUCAGCACUGCAGGGCAGGGGGGUCCGUCCUCGCCCUUCUUCGAGACCAUAGGCGGGGUACUGUAUCGCAAGAAGUUGGAAAAGGGAUGCAUUAAUUACAGGGAAGUGCUGGCCGAGGACAGGCAUUCGAGUGCCAUCGCCACUUUCCACCAGAAGAGGAACGGCAAGCUCCACCACACCUUGGAGGACACCUACCGGUUCGUGGCUGAAAACUACUGGUGGGAAGGAAUGUAUACACAGAUCCGAGAUUAUGUAUUGGGAUGCCAGAUAUGCAAAAUGAAGAACCAGAAAGUAAAUGCAUAUGAAGAACCUAUUUCAAAAACUUUGGCUAGUCAUAGCAAAGAACUUCUUGAUAGGCUAAACAGUCAGCGUGCUGAUGGUCAGUUCUGUGAUGUGACUCUUAUUUUGGAUGGAGGCGUUUACUCUGCUCAUAAAGCUGUCCUUGCAGCUGUGAGUGAAUACUUCCAGGAAGUAUUUCUUGAAAUGGACUCUACCUCUAAUCAGAAGUCUGUUAUAGAUUUAAGUGGUUUCAAAUGGGAUAGCUUCUUGCCUUUGUUGGAUUUUUCAUAUACGUCCACCCUAUCUCUGAAAUCUGAGAACCUAAUGGAGAUUUGUGCUAUGGCCAGGCACUUAAGGAUGUGGUCUGUAGUGGAGUUAUGCAAAGGAUUUCAGAAAGAACAAGGUUUAACAGAUAAAAAUAUUUCACAGACAAAUAAAACAAGUGAAAAUCAGCCUUCAUCCUUAAUAAAACAACCUUGGACAAUUAAAAGUCAAGGAAACCACACACCACUAAGAAAUAAUGAGGUGUAUAGCCGUAUAGAAUAUUUUGAGAGGCCAACAAGUUGUUUUACGUUGACAUCAGAAACCAGUGAUCCUGCAGAGAAUAAAUCCCAAAUACCAGAGGGCUGCUUCACAAGCACAUUGAACGUUUUAGAUGAUUUGAGUGUUGAAUCGUCAAGCAGUUGUACUAUUACUUCUAUGUCUUUAAACAAAACAUUACAGCAACCUCAGGGGAUCUUCAGCAGUCCUUCAAGGCGACUGAAAUUAUUGGAUUUUAAAUCGCCAUCUAGUAAAUCGAAGUCUAGUCUCAAAAACCUGUCAACUGCCAAAUCUUCUCAAUCCUUAGACUAUGAAAAAACGAAUUUGCUAGUUUCACAAAACUUUGACAGAACAGAUGUUUCUGGAGAUCAAAGUAACAGUAGCUCUCUUGCUAUUUCUAAAUGUAAGCAGAAGUUAUGGUUUUCACCCCGUAGAGAAUGCAAAAGUGAGAGAGCUGUAACUUGUCAAGAAUCCUUAAAGUCUCCCAUUAAGACAGAGGCCAUGGAAGAGGAAGUGCCAUCACCCAACACAGCAGAAAAAUACAAGCUACUUGGUGUUUUAGGACUGCAACGCAAGUCUUUAAUUGUGUGUGGAGAAGAGCUGACUGGCUGGAGUCAAAAGAAAAGACUUAGAAAGCUUAAAGUUAACAGCUAUUGCCUGACUACUCAAAGAAAAAAGAGUACAAACACAUUGUGUACAGGAAAUCAGGUUAUUGAUGAGAAGCAAAGUGCCUUGAGUCAGGUGAAUACUGUUUCUGCUGCUGUUUUUCCCUCUGUUAAUUACCCCACCAAGAAAGUAAAUCUUAAUAUUUCCACAACUGUUAAAACAGAACCUCCCGAUAUCAUUGAUCAGGUGAGUUACAGAGUUGCACUAAAGCGAAGAGGUUAUGGAUGGACCAAAAUUAAAGCUACAAAAGCCAAAGUUGCAGCAGGAAAAACUAAGCUUCCUGGAGAACGUAAAGCACUGCAAGACAUCCAUAAUGCUGAGAAAAAAAACACUUUAGAAUGUAAAACACUUAGAAGCUAUAAAGCGGAAGGAAGACCUAUUACAGGUGUACAACCUAAAAAUUCUGUUCUUACGAAGGAUCACAUUAAAACAGAGAAUGUAGCCCGAGAAUGUUACUCAACAGAUUCACUUGUACAAAAUAAAUAUUUAAGUAUAACACGUUCUCACAGUCGGUUAGUUAAUUCUAGCAGAAUUGGCAAACUAGACUCUAAAAAAUAUGUUUUAGAAGAUUUCUCAACAGCGUCUGUUAGGAUUUUAAGGAAAAAUUCAGAAAUGAAGAAUGGAAAACUAAAUGAAAAGUUUACUCAUGGUAUCGGAAAUAAAGUAAUAUUUGGAGGAGGAAAAUUUUCAGCCUGCCAGCCUUUCCAGAAAGUAAAUGUUACAUCAAGAGGUUCAAUCACUUGUAAAACUGAACCUCUAGAUGACACAAAAGAAAGUAAACCUUGGCUUUCUGAAAACAAACGACAGUAUUUGAGAUCAAGCACUUGCAAACUUGAGAUGAUUUCAGACCUAGGAAAAAGAGAGAGGAAACCUACUCAGAAGAGGUUAGAAGCAGGAUUUCUGCUCAACUGGCACAGUUCUGAUAAUCGAAAGCAAGGAAUUGUCAAGAGCUCUGAUAGAGACAAUAAGAAAAAUGAACUCUGUUUUAGAGCAUCCAUAUCUGGGAUAAAUAACAAAAAGAGAAUGACUAGUGUAUUAUCAUCCCGAUCUGAAAUAGCUAGAACGGUUCAAAAAGCCAAUCCAGUCAUCUUGCUUGGGAAAAAUUUGCUAAAAUUUAAAGGAAAGAGCAUUCUGACUAAAAAAUGUAACAACUACCACGUUGAUCAGAAAGGAAGGAGGAAAUGUUGCAUGCAGCAUUCUGUGCUUAGAAAAAUGACAAAAAUACAAACCCUGGCACAUUCUGGAUCAAAACAGGUCCAUACAAAAGAAUUACCAAAGAAAUUACAGAAAAUGGUAAAAUUGAACUCAAGACAGGGGAGUUUUAUAGAACCUGUCAAAAAGAAGCAAACUAAAGAAAUAAAGGUUAGAAGAUCUAGAAUUGGCAGUGGUGCCCCUCUGCCUUCUCAUACCUGCCCUCAUUGUCGUGUGACAUUCAAGAGCUGUGACUCCCUUAUUAUGCACAAAAUAAGACACAUAGAAGGAAAACAUUGGCCUUGUCCUCUGUGCAAAAAGUCAUUCUUUAGAAUGAGAAAUGUGCAGAAUCAUAUUCGUACUCAUGAUCAGUUAAUUUAUAAAUGUAGAAAUUGCUUGAAAUGAGAGGAAGUCUGCUAAGAUAUGUGAAAGUAAAUGUGGAGAUUUUCAGCACUGACGGUCUUAAUUGUGCGCAUGGAGAAUGGGACAUCCCAUCAAGUGUUCAGGAGUGGAAUGGACUUUGAAAAUAUAAGUUUUCUUGUACAUAUUUCCAUCCCUGUGUACUUUAUCCCCAUAACUAUAACUUAAAUGUUCUACUUAUAUAUAAUUUAAAACGUAAUUAGUUUAAGUUAUUUCAGAAUUUUUAUGAUUAGAAUGUUUUAUUAAGUUCCUAAAUGAUCUUAGUUUUUAUUGUACACCAGACAUGUCUACAUUUUAAUAAAAAUGAAGUGCGAGUUAGCUGGAUUUACUUGAAGGAACAGAUGUUUUUAUUGCUCUGGUUCCUGUGUUUGUAUUCAGAUACAACCACCGUGCUGUAAGACUGCAUUUUAAUGCUAAGAUGCUAGUAUGGGAAUAAAGCAUAUUGUUAUUUAUAAAAGAGGUUUGCUCAGUCAAAGGUUAUUUUAAAAAUAUAUUUGUUAUAAUUAUGGUAAGAGUGCUAAAUUCUGAAGUUUUAAAAUAAGAGGAUAAUGUCAUUUAUAUUUACUGGAAGUAACUUUUAAAUAUUUAAUAUUAGCUUUGUUUAUAAACUAUUGCAUUUUUAACUUUGUAUUUUCCAAGUACAAAUGUGAAAGUCUAGAUGUUUCUGGGCUGUAAGAAAAAUAAAACUUUAAUAAAUUUUGGGAUUUCUAAA